AUGAAAUGCGACGAAGGUCGGCCGUCGUGCUCUGCUUGCCGUGAUUCCGGCCUGACAUGUGGAGGGUACGAGAAGAGCAUCUUCUUCGACUCCGACGGCCGCAACGAUGGUACUGGGCGCCUCCGCUUCCGGCAGUUCAUCCUCACUGAGCGAGAGCGCCAGUCCAUGAGCGAACUGUUGACUGCCAGCGUUCCACCAAAGUCAGCUUUUAGAUACAUCGCACAGAUCGAUGAGGAGUGUGAGGAGGCAUCUCCUUCCGACGACCUACACAUUUGUCGCGGCCCGUUCAGCGCCUUCAGUGUGAGAAAGCGCCGUGGUGGGUCCGCCGAGGCCGACCCGAGCCCCGAUGCAAAUGCCCGGGAUGAGAGGGACGAGAGUGAUUGUAUAGUGGCCCAAGACGUCCUCAUGGCCGAAACAAACGCGGCUCAGACUUUCGACACAUCUGAUCUGGACAUGCCAAUGUCGCCAUUGGGGCAACAGUCGCUCGAGUUGAUGUUGGAUCACGCACAGGCUGAAUGGGGCCAUAACUCGCUUGCAUUUCCCGAGGAUCUCUGGGACCCAGUCAGAGGCAUAGGGGAUGCUCAGGAGGUCUUCGACGAGGCUAUCAUGCCUGCAAUCCACAUGGCAACACUGAUGCCAGUUGAACCAGUUGAUAUCUUCCCGAUGACCGCCUUAGAGCACCCAGCAGCAGAUCUUCUUCCGCCUCCAUCAUCUCCGGCGGCCCCACCUCAAAGUUCCAAUCACAGCAUCCCUGAGCACGCCGUUUUCCUUCUCAAACACUAUUCGACAACAGUUCUUAAUCUGCUUACACCCUUUCGACAUACCAAGACGCCAUGGCACAUACUUUUUAUUCCUCACGUCAAACACUGCCUCGCUGGCCUGACCCUUGGUGAGCAGCUAGAUCACGCCAGUCUCAGCGCAUUUUAUGGCACCCUAGCUAUCAGCGCAUUGAGCAUCGGCGGUGUGUCUCACAGUCAAAUGUGGCUUCAGCAAGGCAAAGCAUUUCAGCAGCUGGCCCGUGAGCACACCCGGGAAAUGCUGAAAAAGGCAUACUGUGCCCCCAAAAUGGCCAAGUACAAAUCCAUUCUUAUGGCCCUUAUUACCAUGGUGCAGGUUUCCAUGUUCUCGGGCAACCGGGACCAAACAGAGUGCUACUUUCUCGAGGCAGAGAAGUUCAUCCGUCUGAAGGGGUUGGUUCGAAAAAAGUCCCGGAAAGUCCGAUUACUUCACCAUUGUUAUGCAUUUGAGCGGAUACUUUACGAGAGUACGAUCACGUCCGAGGCCAAUUACCGCCACCGGCUUCACGUCCGCGAAGCCGUUGAGUCCAGUGGACUCGUCGUUGUCGGCCAAGAUAGCUUACAAUUCAGGCUCUCCUCGUGGCAGGACAUUCAAAAGGAAAUGGCCAAGAUCAAGAGCCAACAUACCGGCGAGAACGAUCUGCAUCUCGAGCAUCCUGGCAUAUGGUCUGCCACUCUGUACCCCGAAAUAUUCGGAAUUCCAGAACAGUGGCUUGCAUCUCUUUCUCUUGUGAUACGACUGGGUAAAGAAAAAGACGCCGCCCGAAACAACGAGACUGCAGGGUCUCCCGGAUUGGGGGAAUUCUUGAGCAUGGCAAAGGGGGUGGAGAGAGUCAUUAAUCACCUUCCAUGGCCAGAACAAGUCGAAAACGGGUUGGACAACCUCCUCGGCGCAUGGCAGCAAUCUUUGCAAAUCUACUUUUACAGGAGGAUAUAUGAUGUUGAUGCGUCUCUUUUGCAGCACAAGGUGAUCAAAGUGCGGGACUGCAUAAUUCAGUGUGGACAAGUAGACAUGAAGCAGAUAUACGCUUCUGCGAGGCUCAUCUGGCCUGCCUUCAUCGCGGCCUCUGAAGCUGAGGGACUGGAGCUACAGCAGUCGUUCGCCGACUGGUUCAGGUCCUCGUCGCGAUUAAGCGGGAUCCAGAUCUUCGAGGACACUUUGCAUAAAUUAGAAAGGUCUUGGCAAGAGAAAACAAGUCUGGAGCAGUAG